GAGCUACGUACAGCCCUGUUGGCUGGAGUAAGUAUUUCCGUGCAUGUCGGUACAGGUUUCGGCGUGUUUGCAGCCGUCUGAUGCGACGAAAUAGGACAAACGGGGUAGUUCAGUGGUCCUGUCCACCGAUGUGACAGCCUGCCGGAGCUCCGAGUAGAGGCGGGAAUGGAGCGGAGCGAGGCGGACGAGAAUGAGAGCAGUUCAUCCCAACAAAACACGAUGUGGAAACAGCUUCAAGCCAAAGCCAAGCCGCUGCUCAGCCCCAAGCUGGGCUCCAGAGAGCCAGAAGACAAGAAGGAGCGAGGCAUGUGGAUGUUCAAGAAGAUGAAGCGGAAGGAAAAUGUCGUCCUGGACCGGGUGAUCUCCUCCUCACAGCCCGACCUGCUCUUCUCCUCUCCGGCUGAUGUGGACAUUAAGGAGGCACAGCUCUGCGGCAAAACAGUCGGCCGGGACAAGCUGCAGUUUUCGAUCAAGCACAAGUCCACCAGCCCAAACAAACCCACGGUGUCUCAGCUGGUGCAGUCCCACCACAAGAGCUCAUCUCUGGGGUCUGCUUGCCUGGAGAGGCUGGCCGAACCUCCGGGCGGCGAUGGCGGGGGCGACGCAGCAACAGCUGCCGCAGCGGAGGAGACACAUCUGGAGAGCAGUGAGGAUCAGCUGGGGAUGGGAACUUCAUGUCCUUCUGGGUUUUCUCCUGACCAAGCUCGGUCGGGGAUGUACAAGCUGGAGAUUGAGCUGAAAAGAGGACACAACCUGGCUGUCCGAGACAGAGGAGGAACAAGUGAUCCAUAUGUCAAGUUCAAGCUUGCUGGCAAAGAGGUUUUUAGGAGCAAAAUCAUCCAUAAAAACCUCAACCCAGUGUGGGAUGAGAAGACGACCUUAAUCAUUGACAGUCUGAAUGAACCUCUGUAUGUGAAGGUGUUUGACUAUGACUUCGGCCUUCAGGAUGACUUCAUGGGUUCUGCUUUUCUUUACCUGGAGUCUCUAGAGCAGCAGAGGACGAUACCUGUGACUUUAGUGCUGAAGGACCCUCAGUACCCUGAUCAGGACCUCGGUACUCUGGAGCUGGCCGUCAACCUGACACCUAAAGACAGUCCCAUCGAGGAACGCCGAGACUCAACAACUAUGCUGCUCAGGAGGUCCUGGAAACGAUCUACUAAACAGCAGCAGUCUAUACGUCUGUCAGAGCUGCAUCGAAAAGCCCAGCUCUGGCGAGGGAUAGUCAGCAUCGCACUAAUUGAGGGUCGAAACCUCAUGCCCAUGGAUCCCAAUGGUCUGAGUGAUCCGUACGUCAAGUUCAGACUUGGACCCCAGAAAUACAAGAGCAAGACAGUGCCAAAGACCCUGAGCCCACAGUGGAGGGAGCAGUUUGACCUGCAUCUGUAUGAAGAGACAGGAGGUGUGCUAGAUAUUACGGUGUGGGACAAAGACACUGGAAGAAGGGACGAUUUCAUUGGGCGCUGCCAGUUGGACCUCUCCACUCUUGCUAAGGAGCAGACGCAUCACCUGGAGCUGCCACUAGAGGAGUCUCGAGGCUUUGUUGUGCUGCUGGUCACAUUAACCGCUUCGGCUGCUGUCUCUAUCGCCGACCUGUCUGUGACCCCGCUGGAUGACCCACAGGAGCGUAGAGAGAUACUCCAACGAUAUGGUGUGAUGAAGUCAUUCUUUAACUUAAAAGAUGUGGGCAUAGUACAGGUGAAGGUGAUGAGAGCAGAAGGUCUCAUGGCUGCAGAUGUAACCGGUAAAAGUGACCCUUUCUGUGUGCUGGAGCUGAACAAUGACAGGCUGCAGACACACACCGUUUACAAGAACCUCAAUCCAGAGUGGAACAAAGUCUUCACCUUUAAUGUCAAAGACAUUCACUCCGUGUUGGAGGUGACAGUGUUUGAUGAAGACAGAGACAGGAGUGCAGACUUCCUGGGAAAAGUGGCAAUUCCAUUAUUGAAUGUUCGUAAUGGCGAGCAGAAGGGAUACCUGCUGAAAAAUAAGGAGCUGACAGCACCGACCAAAGGGUGCAUCUACCUAGAGAUUGAUGUCAUCUACAACGCUGUUAAAGCUGCUUUGAGGACUGUGGUUCCUGCAGAACAGAAAUACAUUGAAGAAGAACCAAAAGUCUCCAAGCAAUUGCUCCAGCAGAAUUUCAACCGAGUCAAGCGCUGCAUUAUGGUGCUGAUUAGCUGGGGAACCUUCAUCAACAGCUGCUUUGAAUGGGAGUCUGCACAGAGAAGCAUCGUCUCCUUUGUGCUGUUUGUGGUGGUGGUGUGGAAUUUUGAGCUCUACAUGCUGCCACUAGCCUUGCUGCUUCUACUUGUGUGGAACUACUUCUUCUGCUCUAGCAGGGAUGGAGCUGAUGUGUCCAUGGAUGGCAUGUUUGAAUGGGAAGUUGAUGAAGACGAUAAAGAGGAAAAGGACUCAGAGCCCAAAGGCUUUAUGGAUAAACUGUAUGCCAUUCAGGACGUGUUUAUCAGUGUUCAGAAUGCUCUGGAUGAGGUGGCGUCCUUUGGAGAGAGAGUGAAGAACACUUUUAACUGGACAGUGCCUUUUCUAAGCUGGUUGGCAAUCACUGCCUUAUGUUUGGCCACAUUUCUUCUCUACCUCAUACCUUUACGAUACCUCGUGCUUGCAUGGGGUGUGAAUAAAUUCACCAAGAAACUUCGUGAUCCAUACAUGAUCGACAACAACGAGCUUCUUGACUUCCUUUCCAGAGUCCCCUCUGAUGUUCAAGUGAUGCAGUAUCACGAGCUGAAAGUUGACCCCGGGCAGAGCCCCAGCAAACGCCGGAGGACAAACCUAAGCUAGCUGUAAACAAUGUAAACUAUCUUGUUUAUAUAUUUCUUGUAAAUUUUAAUUAUUAUGAGAAGUUGUAACUGUUAAGUGUUUUCUUUUUGUUACUGAGGAAGGACACUGAUUUUCUAAAUCUUUUAAAAGACAAGACAAACCUGUUCAUGUUUUUAAUCUCUCUCAUUUCUCAUAAGAACACUGCACACAAACUAAGUAACAGUGGUAAUAAUAAUGAUUGUCAUGAGUAUACAUGUACAGUGUGUCCCAGAGUCUGCAUGUAAUGAAGAUGCGCUUCUGUUUGCAUGUAAGCAUUGCAUCUCCAGCUUUUUUAUUUCUCUCAACAUGUUUGUGCCAUUUCAAACAGGAUGCCAGUGUCCCAUGCUAUGUUGAGGAUAGAGCUGCAUGCAUUUAUACACCUACAGUAAAUAAAAUCUCCUAUUUGGAAAUAUUAUCUUUUUCAGGAAACAUUUCUUUCUAAAGAUGGAAUACUAACAUCUCAGCUCAGUGGGUUUUUUUCUUUUUGUCUGCUUCUCACCUCUUCCAGUUUGCUUUCUCUGUUUCUUUUUGUUUUUUGCCUUUUUGGAGCACAUCUUAGUGUUACUCGACUUACUCGUCAUCUGUUCUUUUUAAUCAGUCGUGUUUUCGGGAUGUGAUCUGCAUGUCUGCGUAAGUUGCUGGUGUUAUGUGUUUUGCAUGACUGAACAGAAAUUAUAUGCAAGGUGCUGAAUGUGUUUAUCUAGUGUGUCUGCAAGCUGCAUUGACCUGAUACUGUUUACUCUUACCACCGAACAUUACGUCUGUCGCGCUGCACAUUAUCUUUCUCUGUUUCCUGUUGCACUAUCUGUAUCUACUGCUGUGGAGUAAUUACUGUGGUUGGAAUGAAGCCAAAAGUAGGACAGACUGUAUCAAGUGUGUAGCAUUCCUCUGGCAAAAUAUAUUUCUACACAGACCCA